AUGGCUGAACAACUCGACAUGGGUCGUCUCAACCUGAACGACUCCCAGCACGCUCCCAACGGCUUCAACGGCGAGCGCUCUGCCUACAUUCCCCCCCACCUACGAGGUCGCCCCCAGCCCGCUGGGGGCCCAGGCCCUGCGCCUAUGGACGGUCCUCCACCCGCGAUGAACGGUGGCGGUCCUGGCAUCGGUGGCUCCGCAUGGGGCCCAGCACCAGGAGGCUAUGGAGGCCCCCCUCCCCAACAGAUGAACGGCGGCGGCGGCAACUGGGCCAAUGCCAACGCACCCAACUUCACUCCUCGUGGUCGCGACGGUCCCCAAGGCGGCGGUGGAUGGGGAGGCGCUCCCCAGGGCAGGUUUGACGCCAACGCAUAUGGCAAGCCCGGCGGUGGCGGUUCGGGCGGCUCUACUCGCGGAUCUGGCGAUGGUCAGUGGAAAGAUGGCAAGCACGUCCCCGGCCCAGCCAACGCUCGUCUCGAGCGUGAUCUCUUCGGUGUACCAAACGACCCCUCCAAGCAGCAGACCGGUAUCAACUUCGAGAAGUACGACGAUAUCCCCGUUGAGGCUUCCGGCCAGGGCGUCCCCGAGCCCGUCACACGCUUCACGAACCCGCCCCUUGACGACCAUCUGCUGAGCAACAUCGAGCUCUCCGGAUACAAGGUUCCCACACCCGUCCAGAAAUACUCGAUCCCCAUCGUCAUGGGUGGUCGUGACUUGAUGGCUUGUGCCCAGACUGGUUCCGGCAAGACUGGUGGUUUUCUCUUCCCCAUUCUCGCCCAGGCCUUCGUCCACGGCCCUGCCGCUCCCCCCCAGGCACAAGCUGGAGGCUACGGUCGCCAGCGCAAAGCGUACCCCACAUCCCUCGUACUCGCCCCUACGCGUGAGUUGGUCUCGCAGAUCUUCGAGGAGUCCCGCAAGUUUGCCUACCGCUCAUGGGUCCGCCCCUGUGUUGUCUACGGUGGUGCCGAUAUUGGCUCUCAGCUUCGCCAGAUUGAGCGUGGUUGCGAUCUCCUCGUUGCCACUCCCGGUCGCCUGGUCGAUCUGAUUGAGCGUGGCCGCAUUUCGCUUGCGAGCAUCAAGUACCUUGUUCUUGACGAGGCCGAUCGCAUGUUGGACAUGGGUUUCGAGCCCCAGAUUCGCCGCAUUGUCGAGGGCGAGGAUAUGCCCCCCACAGCUGCUCGCCAGACACUCAUGUUUUCAGCCACUUUCCCCCGCGACAUCCAGAUGCUCGCCCGUGACUUCUUGAAGGAGUACAUCUUCCUUUCUGUCGGUCGUGUCGGUUCCACCUCGGAGAACAUUACUCAAAAGAUCGAGUACGUUGAGGAUGCCGACAAGCGCUCUGUUCUUCUUGAUAUCCUUCACACUCACGGAGCUGGUCUCUCGCUCAUCUUCGUCGAGACGAAGCGCAUGGCCGAUUCCUUGUCCGACUUCCUUAUCAACCAGGGCUUCCCGGCUACCUCCAUCCACGGUGACCGCACCCAGCGCGAGCGUGAAAAGGCUCUUGAGAUGUUCCGUAACGGCCGUUGCCCCAUCCUCGUGGCCACCGCCGUCGCCGCCCGUGGAUUGGAUAUUCCUAAUGUGACUCACGUAGUCAACUACGAUCUUCCUACCGACAUUGACGAUUAUGUACACCGUAUUGGUCGUACCGGACGUGCUGGAAAUACUGGAAUCGCUACUGCAUUCUUCAACCGUGGCAAUCGCGGUGUCGUUCGCGACCUUCUUGAUCUAUUGAAGGAGGCAAACCAGGAGGUUCCCGCUUUCCUCGAGUCGAUUGCUCGUGAGGGUUCUGGCUUCGGUGGCGGCGGUGGCCGUGGUGGUCGCGGUGGAGGUCGUGGCCGUGGCGGGGCUGCUACCCGUGACGUUCGUCGCAUGGGCGGUGGAGCUGGUGGAGGUGGCGGCUUUGGCGGAGGCAACUGGGGAGGUGCUCCUCAGGGCGGUUACGGUGGUGGCUACGGUGGUGCUCCCGCUGCUGGCGGUUAUGCACCUCCAGCAGCUGGCGGCUACGGCGGCGGCGGCGGUGGCGGUGGUGGCAACUAUGGUGGAGGCUACGGCAAUCCAUCUGGCCCAGGUGGCAGCUCUUGGUGGUAA